AUGUAUGUGAAAUGGGUUGAUACAGUAAUGUUUUACUAUGUGAUUUUAGUGUAUUUAGUGAAUGUCACUUUUUGUCAUUUUCAAAUUUCCCUCGUACGUCCUGACACUCGCAGGGGACAGAACCCAGAUGACAGAUGCCGGCAUCCGCCGGGAGGACAUUGCCGGGGACACUGCAGGAGGGACAUCGUGGGAGCGCAGGACAAGGUAAGUGAAGAACAGAUCCCAGAGCAGCGCCGCAUGGUAUUCCCGAGUGUAGCUCGGGGUUACCGCUUUUGCUACACUCGGGAAUACCGCCAGGGG